CACUUUUCUGCUCCUGUAUCGGAAAUAUUCACCGGUUUUCUGUUGAUGCACAAUGAUCCCGCUUACCACUCGAGAGCGACAUAUGGUGCGAUACACUCCACAAGAACAAAUUAAUGCUACUGCGCUACGAGGAGCUAAGCCAGAAUUCGAUGUUGUUUCCGCCGCGGCUACUCUGUUAAGUCUCGCUCCUCAUGCAGCAUCGCCUUUGCCAGAUUUUGCUCGGUCCUUUUCUCGGAAGCCCCUGUUUUCAUCCAAAGCUCGGUCUUUCCCCAAGAGUACCAAUCUUCCACCCAUGCUAGUGACUUUUCCUUCGUCCGGGGUGGUUAGCUGGGCAGAAUCGUCGGGUAGUGAUACCAGUUUGGACGGGAACCAAUCGGACUGUAGCGGUAGUAGCAGCGACAACCGGUUCACUGCUUCGGCUCACGGACAACACAAUUCCAGUCCGCAAGCAUCCCCACCCUUCUUUACUGGUACUAUUUCGUUGGCCUUGGACACCGACGAAGAGUCCCUCUCGCCGAUUCACUGCUUCAUGCGCCGCUAUUGCGUCGAAGCAUUUAGCGCGACGGAAGGAGACGUUUCGACUCCGCGAGGCGGGCAGCCCUAUGGCAAUAGGGUUUCCAUUGGCCAAGUUGGUAUUCGUUGUCUCCAUUGCAAGAAUAGGCCCCACCACGAGCGCCAAGAACGAGCGGUUUGUUUUCCUUCUUCCCUGAAGAACAUUUACCACUCCAUCGAAACCUGGCAGCGCCGCCAUUCACUCGUGUGUCAAGACAUCCCCGACUGGAUCAAGCGGAGCAUGAUUGAUCUGAUGGAAAAAUCCAAGACUGGCGCUGGCGGGAGGCGCAAGUACUGGGAAGAAUCUGCCGGUCAGCUUGGUAUGGCGACAACAGAUGACGGCAUUCGAUUUGUUGGUGUCCCGGGUGAUUCGUGUAAAUUUUUGACACAUGAACGGCAUAGCGUCAAUGCGACUUUGGGUUCGAAAAAGCAGUGGCGCAAAGAUCCAACCGUUGAAGUCGUUCGUCAACAAGACCGUCAACUCGUCACCGACUACCUCUUUCUACUCUUGGACCAGAUGGAAAUGUGUAGCUUUACUGAGGAUGACCGCUCCGGCGGUCGAAGCAAAGUCAAGAAUUGCGAGGCCGGCUACCCCGGUAUGCAGUGCAAGCAUUGCGAAGGCAAGGCUGGCUUUGGACGCUACUUUCCUGCCACUUGUCAAGCAUUGACAUCAGCCAAUUCAGACCGGAACAUUCACAACCACCUUGUCAAAUGCCGGCGUUGUCCACCUUAUGUGCAGGAGGAGUUGGGGCGGUCGCAAGCAGUUCUUUCAGCGCGUGUGGGCCAGGAUGCAUCCUAA